CUGUUUCCCGCCUUGAAAGCCAUCCGAUCAGCUGCGCACACACACACAGACACACACACGGUCAUGCAGAGGGAGAAAGCAAAGGGGAGGGAGAAAGAGAGAGAGAGGUAGAGCGCCACACACAACGAGGGAACCCCAUCAGCUGGAAGUCGAGUAACAUUACAACUCUCAGCAGCCUCAAAGUACUACAUUACACGGACGAGGCAUUCAUAUCGCCUCUGUGGAUUUAACCCGCAUCGGAUCACGGGGGAUUUUUACCCACUAACGUCAUAAUUUUUCCCUUUUUAUACCACGGAGACUGUUUGCUGCUUUUCUUUUUUUCCCCUUAAAAAACUGCUGGUGGUGGGGAGGGGGGGCACCAAACUGGCGAGAGGCGAGCAUGGAGUAUUUCAUGGUACCAACUCAGAAGGUGCCCUCCUUGCAACAUUUCAGGAAAACGGAGAAAGAAGUGAUUGGUGGUCUUUGUAGCCUGGCCAACAUUCCUCUGACCCCAGAAACAGCCCGGGACCAAGAGAGGCGAAUCCGUAGAGAGAUCGCCAACAGCAACGAGCGUCGGCGUAUGCAGAGCAUCAAUGCUGGAUUCCAGUCACUUAAAACACUCAUCCCACACAGCGAUGGAGAGAAACUCAGCAAGGCUGCCAUCCUGCAACAGACGGCAGAGUACAUUUUUACUUUGGAGCAGGAGAAGACACGUUUAUUGCAGCAGAACAGUCAGCUCAAACGAAUCAUACAGGAGUUAAGUGGUUCCUCCCCCAAGAGGAGGCGUGCAGAGGAGAAAGAUGAAGGGAUUGGCUCACCAGACAUCCUGGAGGAGGAGAAAACCGAGGACUUAAAAAGGGAGAUGAUCGAGUUGAGACAGCAGCUGGAGAAAGAACGUUCAGCCAGGAUGAAUCUGGAAGAACAGAUGCGGUCCAUGGAUGCCCAGUUGUACCCAGAGAAGCUGAAGGCAAUCACCCAGCAGUUCCAGGAGCAGCAGGCCCAACCGCAGAGCCUUGUCCGUCUGCAGCAGCACAAACAGCUGGAGAGGGACCUCACUCCAGCCCACAGCCCACAGGUGUUGGCCCCUGCUACUCCCCCAGCCCCUACACACCACGCUACAGUCAUUGUUCCUGCACCUGUCCAGACUCCUCAGUCCCACCAUGUUACUGUGGUAACCAUGGGCCCAGCAUCAGUUAUCAACACAGUUUCCACAUCUCGACAGAACCUGGAUACCAUCGUUCAGGCAAUCCAGCACAUCGAGGGCACCCAGGGGAAGGGUGGCGCCGGGGAGGAAGAGCAGAGGAGGGCGGUCAUCGUCACUUCAGGACGUGUCCUCUCUGACGCGGCAGGCUCAGACACAGCCUCAAACAGCGACGGGCCGGACGACUGUUCACUGCCUUGAGUUCAUCCCUGACGUCUUACGUACAAUACACUCACAUGCACGCACACACCUACACACAAGCCCCAAGCGGAGCAGGGCUACGGGAGCCUACAAACUCACAGCGCUGUUGUUCGGUGGAAAAGUCUGCUAGUUAGAUUGAAGCACUUGUUUUGUUUUCUUAAUCAAUACACGUCAUGUUGUACCGUGAUAGGCAGCCCUUAUGGUUUACACUUAGACACUCACACAUGCAGCCUCUUCUGUUUUUUUUCCUUUCCUCUGCUUAUGUCUAGCGCUGAUCCUUCAUUCACUCACUUACACAAGCUUUCUUCGUUAAACUAUAGAAAGACAAAUAGAGCGACUACUUCACUGACUAUAAAUGCUCUGUUUUACUGGAUACUAGAACUUUCGAAUGUCAACUAAACAUUUUCAUUAACUACCAGGACUGUUAUCUCUCUGUGCGCCCCUGAAGUCGAAAAAGGAGACAAAGUCAAUGAAGAGCCCAUUGGUGUGGCGUCAAAACCCUCGCACCAGAGCAAUUUUUUUUCCCGCCCCUAAGCUGAACAUCCUUUAAACCUUCCUCGGUUCCCGAUCCAACUGAGCUGUAUGGAGAGACACUGUGAGAAAAAAAAGACUGUCCUAAAGUUCCACCUUUUAGGCUUUGUGUUGAGAGAAUGUGUUAUUUUACUUUUGUGAAGUCGACCUUUUCAUGCUGUGUUUCUCUUAAGAGUCCUCUAACAACAGGUUGAUGAGAAUUUCAAAGCUGUUUUUCAUGGCUGACUGGUGCUCACAGGAAAUGAAGCGAAGCUCGAAAAGAGAGUGCACUUACUGGUUCAAAACGCUAUUUUAUUUUUCUUCUCAUGUUGUUUGUUUGUUGCCAUUUUUGCUGGGCUGGGAUCCCAGUAAACCCACAUAUCUUGACCCACAUGACUUAUUCUGUUUACUCGUGGCCUGACCAAAAAAAAAAGUUUUUAAAUUUCGCAUUUCCUGACAUCUUCCCUUUCUGAGUUUAAAAACACAUGGCUUUUAAAAUAAGCUACUCUUUGGGCCCCUGUUGAGUAACUGUCACAUAUGUGUCUCUUUUAGUGUUUUGAAUCAGCGAGGCUUAGCGGUGCUCCGGACUCUGGUAGUCUGCAGCAGACCCGCUUUUGCCUUGAAAUUCUUGCACGUGCAAAUAUAACUUGAAUACAAUCACUUGUUUGCUCGAUCUUAAGAGCUUGUUCUAUUUAGCCCCUUCCAGUGUAGUUUGCUUGUUUGUUUGUUUUUUGUUUGUUUGUUUUGGGAUAUGUAUCAAAGCAGAAUAUGCUUAAAAUAUGAGGAAAAUGCCCAGUCUAUAUGCAUUUCUUUAUAUUGAAUAUUUAUCCUUUAGUGCGUUUUCUGUAAAAUGUACCAUGUUGUUUUUUUUUUGGUUUUUUGGUUUUUUGUACUCAUAUUUCUGCUUGCAUUUUUAUUUGUUCUGUUGCCGGGAACUCUUGGUUGACGGACAGAUUGACAAAGACAUGUAGCGGAGAGAGGCUGCAGCAUGCCUUACUAAUAGCAGGUGCAGGGAGGCACUGUGAAGCCAGCCUUAACACAGCCCUGGGGUUGAGGGAAGUUUUAUUUUUUUAUUAUUAUUAUUUUUUCUCUUACCUGCGUCAUUUGGUAGCCGCUGGAACCCCUUUUUUGUUUCGAGCUAUCAGAUCAAUCCAGCUGGUUUGUGUUGGAAUACUGUAUAUUCCCAGUCAUACUUUGUUUUUAUUUUACUAUGCUUUUUAAAAAACAGGUUGCAUUCAUAUGGUCCUGAAAGAGUAUUCAAAAUGCGAUUUCUGGUUACUAGUAGAUUUUAUUAUAUUUUAGCCCCUUAAAGCCAGUUGAUUGGCAAAAAUAUAUAUACACACAAAUAUAUAUAUAUGUGUAUAUAUAUAUAUAUAUAUAUAGCCACAAAGAGACGUCAGCAUUCCAUAAAUGUCCUUUAUCAGUUCAUUUUUCAGAAGAUUAGUUGCAUCUUUGACGCAUCCCUCCUCACCCCUUGUGUCAGUGCAUAGAUGGAGCUUCGAACCGCUGCACAGAUAAAUCGCGGAAUUGCCCUUUAAAGAAAAAACUAUUGAUGUCAGCUGCACUGCAAUAAGCAGAAUUAAAUGAUGGGUUGUUUGCGAGUGCUUCUCUUGAUAGGAAAGGGGAUUCCUGGAUAUGGAAAAAAGUUUGCAUGCUCUUCUGUUUGUGGAGCUUGCUUUCCUUAUUUUUUGCCGUCUGUUUGCAUUUGAUCACUUUCCCCUAAAUCCCAGACAUGGUUUAUUUCCAUCUACGUUUUACGCUGUGGGUCGAGUGUUAGGAAGCAUACGCGGACAUAUCAGGUGGUCGGAGAAGUGGGGUUGGCUUUGAGGGGGUUCCACUAAAUAGGGUCAAGAUUACAAAGCACUUACUGUACUAUAUAGGAGUUUGCUUCUUUCUUGUUUUUUUUGUUUUUUUGUUUUUUUAUGAAGGAGCAUCUCCUCAUUUGAAGCUCUUGAAGUUGAGUAAAAACCGCACAGCUGUGUAUCCCCCCUUUCCCUCCAUGUCCAGUCCUCCUACAUCUUGUCCUGUCACAUUCUUUUGCAGUUUUUAUGCUGUCUUUGUUUAUCUGUUGACAAGUCUGAGCUCUCUUCUCAUUUUUCCGCUUGUUCUCCUUCCUCUACCCAUUUUUUUUAUUUUUUUUGUUAGACCCAUCAAUGGAUAUGGUCAUCAAGAAGCUAUUUUUUUUUUUUUUUUUAAAGAGAAACGUUUUGGGGAUAAAGAGGCUCGUGCCUUUGUAAAGACAGAAUAAUAAAGU